CUUUGCGCCAGCAGUUGAAUCGCCUCCCAAUCGGACGCUCGACACAGAGAUUUGCACAAAUAAAAAAAAGAGAAAUUUUUCUAAUUUCUCGUCCAGGACAGUAGAAAUUUUUUCUUUCGCAUCCCGAGUUUCAACCAACCGCUGUACUGGAUAGCCGUAAUAAGACCGGUAUUUCGGCGGAUCGUAUGAUAAGCAACGAAAUGCAGUUUUCAACAACCUUAUCAUCUGCUUGGUCAAAUCCCAUGCUGUUGUGGCCUGGUAAUGACCCCUACUGCUUCGUGGAUUUAGCUGACCAUCAAUCUGCGGCAGCUACUCUUCUUGCCAUGAAUAAAAGGCAGCAGAAUGUCGCGAAGACUACUGCAACGGCUGUGAUGCCAUGGACCUCUUCUGGUACUGAAGGUGGCGGAGGACUAAACUACAGGGCUCUGACUGAGCUGAGGGAUCCAUCACGAUCUCAUGAGGAAAUGAAGGUGAAUUGGGCCUCAUCACCAGGAAACACUCCGAAACAAGACACCAGCAAACACUACCAUAUAUUUGUGGGUGAUUUGAGUCCAGAAAUCGAAACGCAACAACUUAGAGAAGCUUUCGCACCAUUUGGAGAGAUUUCAGACUGCCGUGUAGUUCGAGAUCCUCAAACCCUCAAAUCCAAAGGCUAUGGCUUUGUAUCUUUCGUCAAAAAAGCGGACGCUGAGAAUGCGAUAGGAACGAUGAAUGGCCAGUGGCUUGGGAGUCGAGCAAUUCGCACCAACUGGGCAACAAGGAAACCACCUGCCAAUCGUUCUCAAAACGACACCAAUGCCAAGCCACUUACAUUUGAUGAAGUUUACAACCAGUCCAGCCCUACCAACUGCACGGUCUAUUGUGGUGGAAUAACUCAAGGUUUAUCAGAGGAACUGAUGCAAAAGACAUUUACUCCAUUUGGACCCAUUCAAGAAAUCAGGGUUUUCAAAGAUAAAGGCUAUGCUUUUGUUAGAUUUGCUACCAAAGAGGCAGCCACACAUGCCAUUGUGGCUACCCAUAACAUUGAAGUGAAUGGCCAGACAGUGAAAUGUUCUUGGGGGAAGGAAGCUGGCGAUCCCAACAACCAACAGCAGCAACAGGUGGGCUUAAGUCUCAAGCAAGAGAUUCUGGCUGUAGAAGCGGCUGAAAACAAAGGUUUCCUGACUAUGUUAUCUCAGAACCUUGCAGCCCAAUACACCUUUCCAUACCAACAGAUGAGCUAUUGGUACCCGCAAGGAUUUCCGCAAGUUCAAGGGCAGUUCAUUCAAGGAAUGCAGUACCCUUACGGACAGUAUUAUGGUCAAGGUUUUGGAAUGACAGGCAUGCAGAUGGCCUGGCAAGGCAUUCCUGGCCAACCCCAGAUCGCUGCAGCUGCGGCUGCUGCCGCAGCAGCGCAGAGUCCUCUGGCGCAAGGAUUGCAGCAACCAGGAAUGAUCGGUGCCUACCCUAUGCAGCAGUAUCAAGCUCAGUAGUACCCUCAACAACCACAGUAUGGAAGUGUGUCUGAGUGUGUGGCGGGCAAGUAUCCUUUCUAGUCACCCGUAUCCCCCCUUGUAUCGUCAUGUCAAGCGCCCUCUACCGCACAAUCGGGACAGACAAAAAAAACUUUCACAUGAAGGACAGUUGUUGCCUGUUCCAGAUUUUUGAUUUCCAAAAGAAAGAAAACGAUAUUCGCUCUUCAUUUUUUGCUGCUUGAAGAUCUUUAUGGAGAGAAAGAAAAAGACAUCAAGGUAGGAAAGGAAAACCCAGGAGAGUGGUAAAAUAUUCAGUAAAUGGAGUGGAACUUUACUGUGAAAGAAUGGUGGUCUUCGUUUUGAGGAGGUCACAGAUGGUGACCUGACUUUCACGUGGUUUCCGUGAUGAAAAUAUCAUUCAUGCGAGGGUAUCAAUGUUGCCCUCGAGAUUUCAUUCUAACUGUUGUUUAGUUCUGCAAUCUGUAAAAGUUUGCAGCCUCACAUUCCUUUUCAUACGAAGAUCGGAAAAAUACUGUCUUAUUUCUUAAGAAAGAAAAACUUAAAUUUUUUAAGACUAUUUUUUAUUCUGAGAAGUUAGUAUUUCUUUGUGUUUUUUUACAGAAAAAAAAACUUUGAAACUACAAAAAAUCAUAGACAAGCAUUUAGUUUUCAAGGCAACUGCUCAAUUUUCUAGAUUACUUAACUUUUUCUCUCAUCGUAAAUAAAGUGUUAGUAAUGAGGCAAAACUUAUUCACUUUUUUACAGUAGAUCAGCAGUAAUUGUAACACAACCGAUGAUAGUAAGAUUUUUUUAACGUAGGCCCAAGUGAAUAUUUUGGUAAAAUUUAGUAAUUUGUAAAGAAGUUAUGAAGAAUCUAAGGAUGGAAACCUAGUUUAGGAUAACAAUUUCUUAAAAUAAAACACAAAUUAUGAGAAGUACAUGGAUUUUUUCAGCUAACUUUUGAAUAUAGUUUAUCAUCCAGACAACAGUCUUUUUCCAAAAUUCGCUGUUAUAUUUGAUAUAUUCAUCACGAAAAUCACAAAAUAUUCUCAAAAAGAAAACUACCAAAGAAUGAUAAGAAGCUGGGAUCUCAUAGUGUGUUAAAGGACUGUUAAAGACUCUGCGAAUGCCUGUGUAUGAAACAACACUCUUGAUAGUAAAAUGUACUCUAAAAGCGUUGGUUUAAUUGCUAUGUGAAGUAUGAUAGAACCCUUGGGGGGGACUUGGGUGACUUCGUACUUCAGCACAGGAGGCUGAAGUACUAUAACCUAUGCUACACAGUCACCACCUGCACUAAACCCUUUAAUUAUUGUGUUUGUUGUUUUCAAAAGGAUACAAAAAAAAAGGAAAACUUAGAUUUUAAAUGUCAUCACGUGUUGAGUGAACAAGACAAAUCAUCUAGUAUACCGUUCGUCCUAGAAUUGCGAGUUAGUCAUCUCAGUUAUCUCCCCAGGUGGCACUGUGAGCGGAAAAAAGAGAUAACAAAAAUCCCUGGAACGCAUUGUAUGUUCCACAGGUGCUGUGUUAGAAGCACUGUUUUAUUUAUUCACAUAAAAAUAUAGGAAGAUUAGUUGUUAGUAGUUGAGUAUAAGAUAGAUACACAGAAUGUUUGUGAGUAUGUAUGUAUGUUUUGAAAAACGGAGGAACUUUUGGAUUACAUCAAUGUAUGUACACUUUCGGAAGUACGACGAAGAUCUAUUUUUAUUUUCCCCUUUUUUCGAAUAGUGAGCUGCAUUCAUAUAUACUUGCAAAGCCAGGCUUCCACCCGAUGAAUCAGUAUGCAGUUUCAUUUUUUCUAAGAAGCUCUAAGGAUCGAGCUGCAUUGGGGAUCUGACAGUACGUCACAUUCCCUCUGUGCUCGAUCUCAAAGAGCUAGCAUUUUUCACAGAACAUUAGCUGAAAUGCCGUUUUAGUAGCAAUUUUUCUACGGGCUUAUCAAAAUACAAAAAAAAGAUAAAAAAGCAUUUACCGGACGGGAUUAAAUUCCUUACGUCCUUAAUUUAGACGUUGGUUAUUGCCAGUGGUUAUCAAAACGGUGUUGCCUGCAUAUAUGAAUUACACAAAAUCGCACACAAUGAGAAAAAUUUAAAAACGGGAGAAAGGAUUCGCCAGUGAGUUAGUUUUCCUCUCGGGAAUUUGUUCGUGAAAUAACAUUCUUCAUGUGUGUUAAUAACUUGUCUAGUCAGGGGCAAUUGCAAUCCUUUAUGUUUUUCUGUCUUCUUCCACCUAAUAUGACCUUAAUGUAUCCAGCAUUAAAUGUUGAUAUUCUCGUGAACCUUCGUUUCCCAUCCUCUUGAUAAACAAUGUACGUGUUUUGUUUGUCUCUUUCUACCAGCGAAUAUUCUACAUGUCUGACUCUUUGCUUUCAUGAUUAGCAUUUUCAAACACAUGAGCAUCGUCUCUAGAGCCGUGUAAGUGCUUUCUGGAGCAAAGAGUUGUCAGUGGCGCGGCGAAUUAUCUUUGACGACGGUAUAAUGUGAACAGAUAAGCUUUCAAAGUAAUACCGAGCGACAAUCGCCAAUGCUUGCACAAAGUCAAUUAUUCAAAUCAGAAUUAAAGAACUACAUUCGUGACAUAUUUCCAAUCCUACUUACAAUUAGUACACGACUAACAUGCCAAAGCCAUUAUUAAUACAUGCAUUUUACCAGCUUAAGAAUUUUAAAUCUUUUUGGAUGGAAAUAUUAUUUCUAGCGACUCAUUUUUAGAGCAAGAUCUAUCAAGAUAUGAAUACAUUAUAGUUUUCACAAAAACAUUCUUGUUGCCGCAUCAAAUUUAAAUAUCUGAUGCUUUUACAAAUAUUAGAUAAAUGCGCGAAUCAAUUUAUUUGUUUUCUACCAGCUCGACUUCUCAGCCAUAUAAAAUAUUAAUUUGAUACGAAUAUAAAAUACUAAUUUUAUAUUCGUAAAGAUGAUGCUCCUGAUUUAAAUGGGCUCAUCAUGAUGCGGAAGCAGAUAAAUGAUAAUUUAUUCAGCAUUCAAUCAGGCAACAAGGCUUCAGUUCAGAAGGAAUAAGAUUUUAAAUUAGUCUGCUAUAAUGUAUUCAUUUCUACCACGUUUAAGUAUUUAUUCUACUACUCGUGGGCGAGUCGAUGAGAUUGCGUUGAAAAUCAGCGAGACUGAGCACUGUAUUUUGCGAACCACUGGCCGUCCGAAUUAAUUCAAGCAGUACGGUUGUGCAGGUUGAUAGUCGCUUGCUUUAAACACUAAACCAGCUCUCUUAACUUUUUAUGCUCCUCUCUUAAACAAAUGAGUAUUUUUGGAGAAAUAAAAUAAGGGAUAAUGAAAUGGGUAAUUUUUUGUUAUGACCUGUUUAUUUUGUCAAAGCUAAGGUGGGGAUCAGCCACUUCUUAAGAACUCCCCUUUUCGAGAGAAAUGAUUGUAUUUUCAUACUAUCUUUAAAACUGUGCAUUUUGUUCGCUAAUGGCAUAAAUAGAAUUUCGAGGCUGUGUGGCAUAUGAAGGACAUAAACACAUUACUUUAUUACACAGAAUGAGCUGAUACAACGUUGUAUGCACAAUGUACAAAACCAGAGAAAACUAUCAUACAGCUGAUUUGAGUAAAGUUCGUUGGUUAAUGCUUGCACUACAAAGUGCAAUGCAUGUAGAAAUUAGAAUUACAUUCAAACUCCUUGUACUAGUCAAAGUGACCAAAUUCUGUAAUCGAAUUAUGGAAAGUAACAUAUUUUAAUGAACUAGAUGGAGCACAAACACAUAAAAGAUCACACACACACAAUCUGCGUAAAAUUGAAUUACCAAUGCAUUUAAUCCAGUACGACUUUUUAUUCGUAUUUAUGAAGGCCAUAUUAGAUUUGUCAUAAGUAACCAUCUUUUGUAUUUGAUUUAGUUUUUUAAACCAUCAACAAAAAUAAUAAACUCUACAAUAACAAUACAAGGAUCUUCAGCCAAUUUCUAAAUUGAUUUGAACUUAGAAGUGUAAGGUAAUUUUUCGAUUAGUAUGAAAUUGUACAUUAGAUCUUUGGCUAGUGCAAAUUGUUUCCCCAUACCGAACAUACCCUUAUUCCACUAAAGUAAACAAGCGAUCUCUCUACAGCGUUGUAUGCACAAUGUACAAACCAAACAACAUUAUACAGUGAGCAACGUUGCUGCAAGGGCACUGUGUUGUACUAUGUGUGCAGUAGGUAGUUCUAUACUAAGGAUUUCCAAGCAAAAAAAAUUCAGAAAAAAAAUUAGAAAAAUGGCGCGCGAAACGCCGCUCGGUCGCGAACAGUAACUUUCAUAACCAAACAUAGUAGUUUGUAGGAGCUUUGAUAGUCUAGAACUGAUUGUAGUAAGCCACGCGACAUGUAGGUUGUUUCGCUACGUAGCACCCAAAGAUUUGUACACUUAGUCUAAACGAGUCUCGGUAGUAUUGUGCGUGUAUUGAACGUAUGUUUGUGUAUUUGUAGUCCGUAUGCCAGACCAAGCGUUCGUAGUUUUACGUGCGUUUGACCAUUUAUGUAACGUGCGAAUGUUAAGUAUAUGUCCUUGUCUCUAAGUCCAUUGUUCCUAGAUGACCUUUGUUGUAAACGAUAAACAAAUGAUGUUUCAAAACCAAACCAGUGGGAAAAUAUACAAAUAUAUAAGUCAGAGAAAACCGUUAGUUUUUAAAGUUGAUGUUCAAAGAGAAAAGUUGGCUUCCGAGUUUAAUCUGGAAAAAUUUGGCAGUACAAUGCUGCAUAAAAACUAAUCUUGCUGUUGACAAUUCGUUUUUUUACUUUCGGAGGUUUAUAGUCUAUGGAUAAACUAUACGCUGCCACGAGUAGAUGAUUUUAUCUAACUAUAAGUUAAUAAAUAUACAUAUAUUAUAAAUAUAUAUAUAUAAAGAGAUCGUGUCUAUGGAUGUAUAUAUCUUUUGGACUUCUUGUGGCCGCAUAUAUUGUUGGUAUAUUUCCCCUCAUCUAGGUAUCUUGAUUUUUUAAAAACUUUUGCUGAAAAGGCAUCAGGCACGUUGUGCGCUAAGUAGAAAGGUUUAAAAAUUUAAAAAAGCAUGUUUUUGGAAAACAAAAAAAAAUUCUCUUUUACAGUUAGUAUGUCGUGGCAUGUCGCAACAGCGAAGGCAUGAAACUUAUUUUUUACAUGUUUUGAUAUUAUAACCGAACAGGAAGGUUUACAAACGCGAGGAUAUGAAUUAUGAACAUAUAAAAACAGUGGCAUAAGAGAAUUUAUUACAAAGCAAAAAAAGGCAAAGAAAUACAAAAAAAAAAAAAUCUUGUUAGUUAACAGUGGACUGCUGUUUUUGCUGUUUGAAAUAUCAAGCUUGCUUGCUUAUAUGUACGUAUGUUUAUUGUGCAGUAAUAAUUCCACUGUGGAAUUAAAAACAUCCCAGAAAGGGCCUCUAAAUGGCCAAAACUGUGUUUUCUGGGAUGCAAUUAACGGGGUUUCGGAAAUUCCAGAAUGUAUCCAUAUUCAAGUAUGGGAAUUUAUAUACAUAUAUAUAUAUAUACAUAUAAUCCUAACAAAACCUGGUAUGUCCCUUGUUGCAAAGCAUCCUCUAUUGUAUGAAAUGUAUGACCCUAAUUCCCGUGAUAAUUGCGUAGCAGCACAAAUGUUUGAGUUUUGUGCUUUGUUAUUUGACCAAUUGCAUAGUGUUAGUAAUUUGUUCUGUAUUGCCUGUAAUCUUGCAGCCGAAACCCCAACAGAGGUGUAUUUAUGCUAAGCUCAAACAUUCCAUCUCUGAAUUAAAAGGUAAAAAAUACCAUACCAAAAGUGAAAAAAGUUUUGUGAUUUGGAAUUAUGAUUGUAGCGCCAGAAAGAAAAAUGGAAGAAAAUAAA